AUGGCUGCCAAGCAGAAGAAGAAGUCUGAUGUGACCCAAACUGAAGCAUCAAGGCAGGAAGAACCACGCAUUGUCUUUCCUGCCAGCAUGAUAGGCUCGAAGCCUAUGGUCACCACAGCAGCUUUAGAGCUGAAGAAGACAAGGACAACUGAAGCCGAAGCCAGGAAACACAAGCACAAGGAUGCUUGUGAUGAUGCCCCAUCCACGAAGAAGCUGAAGACAAAGUAUUCAAAGAAAGCGCCUAGCCCUAACACAACCCGCACCACUCGUCCUCUUGUCCCCCUCUCUCCUACGCACCCACAGCCGCCGCCCUCUCCCUCCCUCAGAUCUCGAUCCGCCGCCGCCCCCAAACCCACCCCCCCGUCGACGACCCUCACCGUAGACGUGGUGCUGUGGCGCCGAGGCCGGGCCGACCUGAGCGCCCUACUCUUAGCGACCGUCGUCGCCUCCUGGAUCCUAUUCCACGGCGCCUCCGGAUACACGGCCGUGUCACUGGCCGCCGACGUGCUCCUCCUCCUCCUGGUCGUGCUGUACACGUGGUCCAGGGCCGCGCGCCUCCUCGGCCACCUCGCGCCUUCGUGGCCCUCAUCGUCAUCACCUCGCUCCAGAUCCACCACCACCACCUCAAGGUGGAUCUCGGCAGGUCCGACUACGCCGAGGCCAUGGCCAGGCAGCAGCAGCGGGAGGGGGACGGCGGCAAGGGGAAGGCGGCGGCCCGCUGGAACUGGAACCGGAGGACCAGCGCCGAGGGCCUGCCGCACGGGAUCGUCCAGACCAGCUCCGACAUGUUCCUCCGCCCGCUCUGGGACCCCGCCGCCAAGCGCGCCAUCCCCAAGGUACCAGAGGCUGACCAGGUACUCCAUUGACAUCUCUAGCUCCCACAUGUCGCCCCUAGGCUGGAGUGCCCUCUCGUGGGCGAUCGGCAUCCUCCUGGUGGCGCCGCUCCUCACCCAGGUUGCGCACCACCUUGACCGUGGCCAGUACCAGUCGCUCAUCCUCAUCGCUGUGAUGUCGUUCGGCUCCUUCGGCCUGCUCACUGGCUUUAUCAAAACGGUCUGGGUGUUCCUGUUCUACAUCCUCUUCAUCACUGCAUCCAUCAUCAUUGUUGAGGCGGUGCACACCCGCAACCUCGGGCUGGUGAUCCGCGGCCUCGCCACUCAUGACUCGGGCAAGCACCUUGUCCUGCGCCGCGCGCUGCUGCUAGCCAGCUCAGCCUCUACUGCACCGCCAUCAGCGGCAUCAGCGCUGCCCUCAUGGCUGCAUUCAUGUACCACAUGCCGAGGCGCACUGACUAGAUCACCGGCCUCUGGGUCGUUUCCAUCUCCAAUGGCAGAGCUGAAGGUUCUUGCACAUCAGAAGUUAUCCAGGCACUUCCUUUUCUUAAAAAGGCAUAUGGCAGUGCUAUGCAGAAGGUUCUCCAUGUUGGCCCAGAUAGUUGUACAGUAAUUUCUAACUUGUUGAAAGAAGGGAAGGAAGCAUGGGGAGUGGAGCCUUAUGAUUUGGAGGAUGCUGCUCGUGCUGGGAGUGAUUAUUCUGAUCAUCUAUUUCAACAGCGGCUUAGGGGUGUUGCAAACUCUUAGCUUCGAAGCUCAAGUGUGAAGCAAGUGUGAUGCCAUGAAGUGUGAAGCCAAGUGUGAAGACGUGAAGUCCAACUCAGUGAAGAGUAGCAUAUUGUAGCAUAUCUGUUUUGUAAAGAUUGUAAUAGAUUUAUUUAGUGGUAUAUUUGAUGAAUUUUAUGUGUUCUUAGUUCUAUUUGAAAUAUUGAUUAUAUAUGUGAUUUGAGAACUUGUGAAAUGGAAACCUGACCAUUGGGCCCACUUAUGAAAAUAAUCUGUCAAAUUUGUACA